AUGGAUUCUGAUAACUCUACCCUGGAGGACCACUUGUUGUAUGCCCCUAUGUGCAAUGGAUGGACCAAUAACACAGAAGGGGCCCUCUACCAACUGGGCAACACCAUCUUGUUUCUGGGCUACAUGGGGGGCAGUGGGGCCUAUGGCUGCCUCUUUAUCUUUGGUUUUCUGAGCCCGGCUUUCCUCUGCCUCACCCUCUGGGGCUGGAUGACCAUGUGCGGCCUGGAUGUGUUGAGCUGGAACGCUCUGCUGCUGUUUGUGUGUCUGGCUCAGAUCUGUCACCUCUUGUUCCGUCUGCACCAGGAGGGGCUGCCCAGUGAGGAGCUCACCUCUCUGUACCAGGCUGUGUACCUUCCCCUGGGGGUCCCAGUGCAUGUGUUCAAACAGAUCGCUGGUGCCUUUGAAAACAAAGUGGUGGAGCUUAAAGCCGGAGAAAUGUACGCUGUGGAAGGCAAGACCCCCAUAGACCAACUGUCGUUCUUACUGUCUGGCAGAAUCAAUGUCUCUUUGGAAGGACAGUUCCUUCACUACAUCCACCCCCACCAGUUUCUUGACUCUCCAGAGUGGGGGUCACUCCGACCAAACGAAAAGGGAAAGUUCCAGGUGACCCUGACAGCAGAGGAAGACUCUCGUUAUAUCACAUGGCGUCGCCGUCGCCUUUACCUGCUCAUGUCUAAAGAGCGCUACAUUGCUCGUCUAUUUGCUGUCAUGUUGGGCUAUGACAUUGCAGAGAAGCUGUAUAACCUCAACAACAAGCUGUACAUCAAGAGUGGUGUGCUCCUGGACAUCCGUCUGCCCAGCCUCUACCACGUCCUUGCUCCAUCAUCGCAGGGCAGUGAGGGAGGCAGUGGGAGUGAUGGUGGUCUAAUAAAAGAUCCUAAAGGAGAAGACCCAGCUCCAGAAUACCAGCCGUCUGACCUGUCCCAGCCUGACCAUUGGAGAGGUCCAGAGAAGCCCCCCAUGAGUGACCGCUGGGAUCCAGAGCUGCCCUCGGGUGAGGACUCCACCAGCCUGGUCCUGGAGGACUUUGCUGAUGUGGCAGGCUCCUUAAUGGACUAUGGCAGUGAGAGGGAGUAUUUGAGGUAGAGGGGCAGGAGCUAACACACAGGGUCACCUCUUAAAACACAUAUGAGGACAUUGAAGACCCCACACCUCCUCGAUUCCUGAGGGGCCGAGCUCCACUGGCUCCGACUGAGACCCCCAAACUGUGACUGUCCUGGAAUCACUAUUAUGUUCGUACACUGUCCACAAAAUGCACUGACUGCCUUAAGGUUCACUGGGAGAGGCUAAAACUACUAUUUACUUUUCACUCAUCUCUUUUUAAUUAGACAAAUAAUAACAUGGGAUUCUCUGUAAUUUUAUAUAGGCCAAGUUCUGCCUUGUCUGUUACGCUCCUUUAUGUUUUAUUCACUACACAAAACUUUUAUACAGUUUUAGUAUUUAACAACUGGCAUCAAUACAAAAACUGAUUAUAUAUAUGUAGUUUGAUUUUUAUUAAACCUCAGAGCAUGUUGUUUGGAAGCACCAGUGCCAGUAUUGUCUGUCCUGCCCUUUUAUAAUAUUUCAGUCUGCAAAGUAGGGAAUACCUUGUGUUCACAUUUUUAUGUGAAAAAGCCUGUACACUGUGAAUUGUGUGAAUUAUUACUGAUGGGACAAAAAUGUGUGUUCUGGAUAGAUGUUUUUA